AUGCCUACAUUAAAAUUUAUGUGGGCUAUGAUUAGGAAAAAACCUCAAGAUGAGAUACAAGAAAUUAUAUCAAGAGUUCCCCAUGAAGGAAUUCUUAAGGCCAACGCUGGUACCAUAACUUUCUUCUAUUUUCAAGAUGUUGAAUAUAUAAAGCAAUUUUUAACAAAAUCAGAGGAUGCCCUUCCUAAAAUGCAACAUAAUUUAGGAAAUAGAGUAAAAAGUUUUUACGGUAACGGUAUCCUUUUUUCGAAUAGUAGCACGUGGCGCAUGCAAAGAAAAUUGGCCAAUGCUGCGUUCAAUCGAGCCUUGUCACAUGAUGUCAUCGGCGAAAAUGCUUUCAAAUUAUUCAACUUGAUGGAUUAUAAUUUGAAUAUCCCUAUAAAUAUUUAUGAUAUGAUGCAACGUACAACAAUUGAAAUAUUGGGUCAAGUCGCUUUCGCUUAUAAAUUUGGUGGGUUAGAUUCUUUUGAGACUCCCGAUAUAAUCAAAUCAUAUAAAUAUAUCAUGGAUCAAACCGAAAAUCAAUUACAUAUUUUAUUCCCUAUAUUGGAUAAAUUACCAUUAAAAUCAAAUAGAUUAUAUAAGGAAAAAAUGAAUGAAUUUGAUAAUUUUAUUUUAAAUAUAAUCGAAAAAAGAAAGAGAGAUUUAUUUAAUUUAAAUUAUCAAAAUAAAAUAGUAAAAGAAUCCGAAAAUAAGGAUUUAUUAAUGAGUAUGUUAGAAAUGAGUGAAAAAGAGGGAAUUAAAAUUGAUUCUCAUGAAUUAAGAGAUAAUUUAGUAAAUUUCUUUAUUGCCGGCCAUGAUACCACCUCUCUAAAUAUCAGCGUGGCUAUCUAUCACCUCGCUAAAUAUCCUGAAAUGCAAAAGAAAGCUAGAGAUGAAGUUAUAAGAGUUCUUGGAAAUGAAUUAAAUAUCCCAACACCAGAACAAUUAAAGGAAUUAAAAUAUAUUAACGCAGUCAUCAAAGAAUCAUUACGUACACAUCCUCCAUUAGCAAUUUUAAUUCCACGUCAGCCAAACGAUUACGUUCAAGUUGGUCCAUAUAUUAUUCCUCCAAAAUCUUAUAAUUGUGUCAAUGUUUGGCACGUUCAUCAUGAUCCUAAAAUUUGGAAAAAUCCAAAUCAAUGGGAUCCUGAAAGAUUUUUAAAUGGUGAAAAGAGACACCCUUAUUCUUGGAUUCCUUUCAGUGGAGGUCCAAGAAAUUGUGCCGGUCAAAACUUUUCUUUAAUGGAACAAAGAGUUCUUAUAGCCAUGAUACUUCUUAAAUAUGAAUGGACUCUUCCAGAAAACAGCAUGCAUAAAGAAAAAUUUUAUUUAGAUUCCAAUUUCUUACUUAAACCAAAAGAUUUAAGUGUAGAAAUUCAAUUUAAACGAAGAUUAUAA